UGGAGGUGGGGCAAGCAAGUAGAGAAUUGCAGGGAGACAGAGGGAGGGGACUGGAUCAAAUCAAAGCUCAUUUGGCCUCUCCCAGGCUGGUUUAGAGCUGCUCUUUAUACCCGUGCACAGAAUUCCAGCAACCAGAGAUGUCAAGCCGCUACCUGACUUCCACCGAUUUCACAGACCUUAGGGCUGGAAGGGACCGCGCGAGAUCAUCGGGUCCAGCCCCCUGCCCAAAGGGCAGGAAGUGACUCGAAAGUUUCCCUCAUCCUGCUCUGCCAGCUGGGGUUGCAGUAUUUGCCUGCCUGGAGCAGGUGUUGGCAGCCUUCCCUCCUGGUUCGGCACAGUCUGCCCCCAGAGACACCUCCCGAUGGCUCCCGAGGCAGACUCCUUUCAGGACAACCCUGCUACAGCACGUGAAGGAGGCAUCGCUGCAGCACCGCACGGAAGACCUGCAUUCUUGGGGCUGGGUUCACAUCACACUGCCUCACUCACUGAUGGCGGGAGGGGGGCAGAGCGAUCUUAAGCCAGGCCUGAGGCUUUCCAAUCACACCCAGGAGCCCUUAGCCUUGGGGUUGCCAAGCCCUAGCAGCAGACUGAGUCUUGCUGUUACUUAUGUGCAGCCUUUCCCGAGAUGCUCAUCACUGUCGCACCGGUGGGACUCCCGGACUCCAGCUGGGAGGAGCGGGCUGUCGACCGACUCCAAUGGUGCUGCAACCUCAACCAAGCGGCCGAGCAUUUCAGGGUGGAGCAUCUUGCCCUGGGAGCAGAGAAGAGAGAGCGGACGAAGGAAAAGGAGAGCAAUCCCGGCCUACAGCCUACUCCCCCCUGCAGAAAGGCCUGCGACUUCUGCCUACAGGUCCGCAGCUCAAGUUGCCGCAAGACUCAUGAGAGAGAGAGCAUCCUGGAAUCGAGCGAAUACCGUGGCCUGGUGAAGCAUGCCGGAGGCUGUCACUGCGGAGCUGUCCGCUUUGAGGUUUGGGCAUCCGCAGAUCUGCAUGUGUUUGACUGCAACUGCAGCAUUUGCACCAAGAAACAGAACAGACACUUCAUUGUGCCAGCCUCACGCUUCAAGCUGCUGCAGGGUGCUGAUAACAUAACCAAGUACACCUUCAACACACACCGCGCCCAGCACACCUUCUGCAAGACCUGCGGUGUGCAGAGCUUUUACACCCCCCGCUCUAACCCGGAUGGCUAUGGAAUUGCCCCACACUGCUUGGAUGAGGGCACUGUGCACAGCACCACCAUCGAGGAGAUCAAUGGCAAGGAGUGGGAGAAGGCAGUGAAGGAGCACAAGACUAUCAGGAGCAUGUCAAAACCGUGACACCACUUCAGGGCGCCAAGUGUGUGCACUGGCCCAGGUGGACCAGCGCGUGAUGUUAGCUCAAGCUGUCCUGUGCUGAGCUCUGAGGGAAAUAAAUCUUUGCUUUUUUUCCUUAAGUAAA